CUCAGAUAAGGCAGAGAACCACAAGAAGCGGCACAAUGGAAUCGCUGGCUGUUUAUCAUGGGGCCAUCAGCCGAGAGAUGUGUGAAAGACGCCUGGGUGAGGCAGGCAAGGAUGGUAGCUAUCUAAUACGAGACAGUGAAAGCGUCCCUGGUGCUUACUGCCUCUGUGUCCUGUGCAACGGCUAUGUCUACACUUACCGUUUACAGCAAAACAAUGCAGGCUCCUGGGCAGCAGAGACAGCACCUGGUCAACAGAAACGCUUGUUUCGUAAAGUGAAGAAUCUGAUAAGUGCUUUUGAGAAACCAGACCAAGGCAUUGCCAUUCCACUACUCUACCCAGUGACGGUUCAGAAUCAUAAUAACAGCCCAAAUACAUGCCACAUAAACUCUUCUGCAUAAGGAGCAUGGACGAAGAAAUUGUAACAAAGUGACACUUAUUUUUAUUAUUAUUAUAAUUAUUAUGACUAUUAGUAAUAGUAGUAGUAAUACUGAGUAUGGCUUAUUGACUGUUAUAGUCUUGAUUCUACAGGAUUGAAAUUUACACCCAGAUUUGUAUAUAUUAUAUGUUGGCCAUUUGUCUGAAAACAGUUUAGUUUAUUUGCAAUCGGAAAUUGUACAGUAGAUGGUAAUUAUUUAUAUAUAUAUAUAU